AUGAAGACUCUCCUCACUGUGUUCGUCUUUCUUUACUUUUAUGACCCACUGCUGGCAGGCAUGAGUCCACUGUCAUCAGAAAUGCACAAGAAAUGCAAUGGAAGUGGUAUCUGUAGAUUUGAGUGCUAUGAAACAGAAAUGUUAGUUGCCUACUGUAUGUUUCAACUGGAGUGCUGCAUCAAGGGAAACCCUGGGCCCUGA